AUGAGCAACCACGCCCACCCGGUGCCGCCACCCCACCCGUUCGGAUCGCCGCACCCUGCCGCGAGUGCGACUCCGUUCGCUGGCAACACCAAGUGUCGCUACGCGUACAAGGAUUGCCAAAACGUCCGGUCCUCCAAGCAGAACGGCGACCUCCACACGCUCUGUGAGUUUCACCGGUCCAAGGCGAACACAAUCCAGAAGCUCUAUGCGCGCAAGAAGCGCCAUCUGAGGCGAACGCUCAAGGCCGCCGGCAUCACGCCGCCGCCGCCGCGGCCCCGCGCGCGGCGCGUGGACCCGAUCCCGUACCACAACGACUCGGACAGUACGGGCGACGACGGCACGUCCAACAACGGAUCGCUCACCGAAGACGACGUCGCGAUUCUAAGAGAGCUCAUCUGAGAGCCUUGUCUAUACCUAGGAAUGCAGGCAGGUAGUGG